AUGGCUGCAUUCACGCAUUCAGCUAAACCUGCCUGUGGAGCCGCGCAACUUUCCUCCUCACUGUCCCCUCCAGGUGGGAUCAAAGAAUGGCAGCAUCAUUUCGCCAGCAGCAGCAGCAGCAGCAGCAGCGACUCUGCACCUGACUGCUGGGAGCAGGUGGACAUGGAAGUCCCUAGUUCAUGCCCUAACGGGGACAGAUUCUCAUCGGUGGCAGCUGAAACCCCGGGUGAGCAUAUUAGCUCAUCCUUCAGCCGGCAGCUCAAUGUCAACGCCAAACCUUUCGUGCCUAAUGUCCACGCCGCAGAGUUUGUGCCGUCUUUCCUGCGGGGUAUGGCCCAGCCAUCGGCCCUCCUAGCCAGCACCGCCAGCCAUGAGGAAACCGGCACUGGCGCGGGGCACCCUCAAGGUAAAAGGCUGGGACGGGGGGCACCUGUGGAACCUUGCAAAGAGGAACAGUUAGUGUUGUGCGAAGGUUCUCAUUCAGCUGUUACCAUGGAACUUUCAGAACCUAUUGUAAAAAAUGGGGAGAUGGAAAUUUCCCCAGAAGAACCAAGGGAGCACAUUAAAGAUGUAAGUGGAGCAGGGCCUGGGAGUGGUCCCUUCAGAGAUGCAGGGCUCCCAGAAGGAAGUGGCCAGGAUAUUAUGGAGGGCAAAGAGGAAAUAAGAAAACCUUUAUCUGCUGGUGAACCAUCAGAUGCGCCUAAAAAAGAACAUGUAAAUGUGAUAUUCAUUGGGCAUGUAGAUGCUGGCAAGUCAACCAUUGGAGGACAAAUAAUGUUUUUGACGGGAAUGGUUGAUAAAAGGACACUUGAAAAAUACGAAAGAGAAGCUAAAGAAAAAAACAGAGAAACGUGGUAUUUGUCCUGGGCCCUAGACACAAAUCAAGAGGAACGGGACAAGGGUAAAACAGUAGAAGUGGGUCGUGCCUAUUUUGAAACAGAAAAGAAACAUUUCACAAUUUUAGAUGCCCCUGGCCACAAGAGUUUUGUCCCAAAUAUGAUUGGUGGUGCUUCUCAAGCUGAUUUGGCUGUUCUAGUAAUCUCUGCCAGGAAAGGAGAGUUUGAAACUGGAUUUGAAAAAGGUGGACAGACAAGAGAACACGCAAUGUUGGCAAAAACAGCAGGGGUAAAACAUUUAAUAGUGCUUAUUAAUAAGAUGGAUGAUCCCACGGUAAAUUGGAGCAGUGAGAGAUAUGAAGAAUGUAAAGAAAAACUGGCACCUUUUUUGAAAAAAGUUGGCUUUAGUCCCAAAAAAGACAUUCACUUUAUGCCUUGCUCAGGAUUGACAGGAGCAAAUCUUAAAGAGCAAUCCGAUCUCUGUCACUGGUACACUGGAUUACCAUUUAUUCCAUAUUUGGACAAUUUGCCAAACUUCAACAGAUCAAUCGAUGGGCCAAUUAGACUGCCUAUUGUGGAUAAGUACAAAGAUAUGGGCACUGUAGUCCUGGGAAAACUAGAAUCAGGAUCCAUAUUUAAAGGCCAACAGCUUGUCAUGAUGCCUAACAAGCACAAUGUGGAAGUUCUUGGAAUACUUUCUGAUGAUGCUGAAACUGAUUCUGUAGUCCCUGGUGAAAACCUCAAAAUCAGACUGAAGGGAAUCGAAGAAGAAGAGAUUCUCCCAGGAUUCAUACUUUGUGACCCUUAUAAUCUUUGCCAUUCUGGACGCACAUUUGAUGUUCAGAUAGUGAUUAUCGAGCACAAAUCUAUUAUCUGCCCAGGUUAUAAUGCGGUGCUGCAUAUUCAUACUUGUAUAGAAGAAGUUGAGAUAACAGCCUUAAUCUCCUUGGUCGACAAAAAAUCAGGAGAAAAAAGUAAGACACGGCCCCGCUUUGUGAAGCAAGAUCAAGUGUGCAUUGCCCGUUUAAGAACAGCAGGAACUAUCUGUCUUGAGACAUUUAAAGAUUUUCCUCAGAUGGGUCGUUUUACCUUAAGAGAUGAGGGCAAGACCAUUGCAAUUGGAAAAGUUCUGAAACUGGUUCCAGAAAAGGAAUAAGCAAUUUUCUUGAUACUACACAAUACUGUGAUAAUUGACUGCACAAAUUUAACAUCUUCUUUUAUUUACUGCCUACUCACAGACUUUCCCCCAUAUUUUGCAAAGAUAAAUUUCAGAGCAAAGACCCAUGUUUCCUCAACUUCUCAUGUUAGGAUCUCAGUUAUGACACUGUUGAAUUUACCCCAAAUUUUCCUUCUCCUACUUUAAUUGGCUUUCUUGAACAGAAUCAAUAAUAACGUUGUAAGUGAUGUGGAUGUAAUUGCCAAUAACAAUGAAAAAUUAAUAUGCUCACUUUUUCAUUUUUCCUUAGAAUACUUAGACAACCUUGUUCUACAUAGGUCAAUCAGAGUGUGUCAGUGUGUGUGUAUGCACAUGUUAAAAAUAUGGCUAACACGUUAAUAAAAUAUUCUGUUGGAAGUUCUUC